AUGGAACUCCAUCUUGAGGAAAAUAAAAUUAAGAAUACUUCUAGUCAUAGCAAUAAUGAAAUUAUAAAUAAUGAUGAAAACGAAGAUUUAUAUGCCAAUAGGAAUAAUGAAACGAAUAGUAUAAAUGGUAAUAAUAAUAAUGAUGAUAAUAUAAAUAAUAUAAAUAAUAUAAAUAACAACAAUUAUAAUAAUUAUAAUAAUAAUAAUAAUAAUAAUGCCUUUUUUUCUUCGGAUGCCUCUUAUUACACAUUCAUAAACAAGGAUUCUAUCAAUAAAGACGAUGGAAUGUAUGAAUUUAAAUCUCAAGACGAAAACUAUUUACAUGCAGAAGUAAGCUCGAAUGAAUAUAAAGAUGCAAAUAAUGAUGUUAGUGAGGUAGAGGAUGAUGAAUAUCAUAAUGAAAAUAAAAAUAUUAUAAUCAUAGAUGAUAAUUUGUCUAAUAAUUUAAAUUCUACUUUUGAUGAUAAGGAAAAAAGUGAAACUAACAACAGGACCAAUAUAAAAGAUGAAUUAGCUACUACAGCUACGAUAGUAGAAGAUUUACAAUAUAAUGAUAUAGUAUAUGAGAUAGAGAGUAAUAAAAAUUAUAAUGUUAACAGUGUAGUGGAUGUCAAUGAAGAACAUGUAGAAGAAAAUGACAAUGAGAAAGGUUCAAAUUUAUAUGAUGAUCAAAAGGAGAAUUACAAAUUAAAGAAUGAUCACAAUGAUGACAAUAAUAAUAAUAAUAAUAAUAAUGAUGAUGAUGGUAUUAGUGUUAGUGUUAUUGAGCAGGCUGACGGAGAAGAAAGUCUUCCCAUCAUAUAUAAUAAUAAUGACAUGAACACUGAUGUAUAUAAUCAUAAUAAUAUUAAUACAAAUCAAAAUUUUACCUAUAAUAAUCUAGAUACAAUUAAUAAUUCAUCCUAUAUUAAUAAUAACGAUAUAGUCAAUAUAAAUACUCUUAACAAUGAAACAAAAAAUAUUUCAAAUGAAGAAUGUUGUGAAAAAAAUAACGAAGAAAUCUUUGAAAGUAUCAAUGAACCUUAUGAUGAUAUGAACAACACAUAUAAUGAAAAUUCAGAAGAUUUAUUACACAAAAAUUAUGAUAUAAAAGAAAGAACAGUAGUUAUUAAGAAGGAAGAAAAGAAAAUACCUCCUGUGUCAAAUAUGUUUGAUAGUCUUUCAAAAAUAAAGAAACAAGUAGAUUUGUUAAAAGCAAGAAAAGAAGAAAAUAAUCCUAAAGGAUUCAAAAGAGAUAACAGAAAAAGAAGAAAACCUAAAUAUCGUUUUGAAAAGGAUAAGGAUGGUAAUAUAUCUGAUUUCUUUAUGGUAUGCUCUAAUGAAUUAAAAGGAAUAAAAAAAUGUAAAAAGGUAGGUUUAGAUUUAGAAAUGAUUAAUGUAACAGAUAUACAAUUAACUUAUCAUUUUGUUUGUAAAGAACAUGAUACAUGUCAAGGAUCUGUUUUAGUUAUCGUAGAUAUUAUUAAUAAUAAUAAUAUAGAAAUAAAAGGAAAAGGACCUCUUUGUAUUAAUUUCAAUGAUUUUAUUGAUGAGAAAAAGAAAAAUACAGGGAAUCGAUUUAAAUGGGAGUAUCUAGAUGUAUGUGGAAAUAUACAAGAAGGAAAAGAUCGUGCUACAGCUAUGGGUUAUAAAUAUUUAAAUAGUAGUGUAACAGGCAAACGAUAUGUAAGAAAUUUUGUUUGUAUUUUAAAUGCUCAAUGUAAUAGUAGAUUAAGAAUUAUAAAAGAUAAUGAAACUGAUAAAGUGUGGUUAGAAUUAUCUGGUAUGAAUCACGAAGAACAUUGUCCAUACAGUCCUCAUUCUGUUGAAGGAAUGUUUUUAAAUAAUAAAAAAAACAAAAAUCAAAUCAUUAGUAGUUUAGGCAAUGAUAAAUUUUUUACAAAUAAUAGUAAUAUCUUAAAUGGUGUUCUCUUGAAUAAUCCUAAUGUUGUGAAUGCACCUCAUCCUUUUAAUAAGAUGAAUUUUAAUUAUCAUAAUAUGAAUGCAGGAUUGAAUAAUUUUAAUUCAUUUAAUAAUGGUAAUUAUGCAUUUAUUAAUAUGAAUUAUAAUGAUAUGAAUAGUUGUGUGAAUAAUAAUAAUAAUAAUAAUAACAAUAAUAAUAAUAAUAAUAGUAGUAGUGAUCCUAAUAAUAAUAGUAAUCAUAAUAUUAACAGUAAUAAUAACAACAAUAAUAAUAAUAAUAGUAAUCAUAAUUAUAAUCCAUAUUUUAUGAAUAAUUAUAUGAAUAAUAAAAAUCAUCCUUUAUAUUUAAAUUCAAAUAAUAAUUAUGGAAAUGAUAUGAAAAUGAAAAUCCUACCCCCCUACAUGCAUCAUUUUAAUAAGGCUAUGAAGAUUAUCCCGGACGUUUCUUCCUGUAAUAUGAUGAAUCUAUCAAAUGGUAAUAAUAAUAUGAAUCAUAUAAAUCAUAUGAAUGAUAUGAAUAAUAUGAAUAAUAUAAACAAUAUGAAUAAUAUGAAUAAUAUGAAUAAUAUGAAUAAUAUCAAUAAUAUAAACAAUAUGAAUAAUAUGAAUAAUAAUAAUGGUAGUAUUGUUAAUCUAGCAAAUAACAAUAUGGAUAUAACCAUGAAUAGUAAAACGUUAUAUAAUUUAUCUAAACUUAGCACUACUUCAAAUUCUACUACUGAUUCAUCUAAAAUGAGUCUUAAAAGAAAUAUCUGGUAUAACAAUAGAAGUAAUAGUGUAAAUAAUACAUUGAAUAGUAAUAUGAGUAGUAAUAAUAAUUCUGAAAAUAUGUUAUUACGUUCAUCUAUAAAGAACACUCCAAAGUAUAGUGCUCUAUAUGCUUCAUCUAAUAGUAAUCAAGAUACUACUAUGAAUAUGUCUAAUAAAAAAAGUGUAAUAAGAAAUCUUAUGUUAAAUACUCAGGAUCAAAAUUUUGUUCUCAACCAUAUGUACAGCAAUAAUAAUACUACUACAACUAACAAUAGUAAUAAUAAUAGUAAUAAUAAUAAUAAUAGUAAUAAUAAUAGUAAUAGUAGUAGUAAUACGACCAGUGGUGCAUACACUUAUAAUAAUUAUAUGUCAAACUAUGGUUAUAUGAAUAUACCUACAAACAAUAAUAUCAAUAUUAAUGAUAGCAAUGUAGAAUUUAAUAAUACUAAAAAAAAUUCUGCUAAUGACAACAUAAACAAUAAUACUAAUGUUAAGGAUGUUCUUACUAACGUGAAUAUGAACAAUAGUAUUUAUUAUAAUAAGAAUAUAGCAUCUAAUAAUAAUGGAAAGGAUUUAAGAAAUAAUUUUUAUAAUAAUUCAAAUAUAGAUUUAAAUAAGAACAAUUGUUAUUCUAUUGAUAAUAAACAACAGCUAGCUAGUUCCAAAUUUGUGAAUAAUAAUAUAUAUCCCAAUUAUAAUAAUAUGAAUGAUAUGACAAACAACAACAAUAAUAAUAAUAAUAAUAUCAAUAAUAAUAAUAAUAGUGAUUAUGGACUGAAUAAUGCAAAUGUAGUGACACCAUUAAGUUGUGCAAACGGAUCUGUGAUGUCUCAAGGAAGUUCGACAAAUAAUAUGAAUUAUAAUGUAAGAUCGUAUGAAUCGAAGAAUUUUAAUUCCUAUCAAAAUGGAAUAAUACCAGAUAACAACAACAACAAUAAUAAUAAUAAUAAUAAUAUCAAUAGUAGUAGUAGUAAUAAUAAUAAUAGUAGUAGUAGUAAUAGUAGCGGUUUAAUUUAUUAUCCUAAUUAUGAUAAAAUAAAAACAAAUGCACCUAAAGGUAUAUUGAAUGAAUAUAAAAUGGUCAAAAAUUUAAGGUCAAGUUCAAAUAAUUUAAAUAAUAAAAAAGGAAGUAAUACUUAUUAUAAUAAUAAGACUAGCCAAAACGCAUAUCAUAAUAACACCAUUUUAAAAAAUUCAUCCUUAGCAAGUUUGUCAAAUAAUUCUAGUAUGAUGAAUUAUAAUAUGAUUAAUGAUAUGAAGGAGGAAAAUAAUAUGAACACUGGUAAUAUGUAUACAGGUUCAAUAGGAAGUAACAACAACAAUAAUAUUAAUCAUAAUAAUAAUCAUAAUAAUAAUAAUAAUAAUAAUAGUAGUAGUAGUAGUAGUAAUACCUUGUCAUCAAGUGGAUUAUUAUAUAACAAUAUGAAUAUUAUAAAUAACAACAAUGUUGAUGAAUUAAACGAUAUGAGCAAUAACAAAGUUGGAAUUUCUGCACAUCAUUUAUUAGAUAAUAAUUCUUUAAUAAAAGAUGAAAUGAAUUAUAAUAAUGAUGAUAAUAAUAUGGUAUCACAACAUCAUAAAGUUUUUAUAACAAAUGCACAUGAAAAUAUAUUAAAAGAAAACUCAGAAACAUUAUUAAAACAUAUGUCAAAUGAAACCAAAAUUGAUGAUAACAAUAAUAAUACACAUAUGGAUGAUAAGGAUUAUAACAAAAAUAAUAUCCAAUUAGAUUUUAAUAAUAACAAUCAAAUGGAUCAUUCUAGGAAUCGUAGUGGUUCAGAAGAUUUUACUAAAAGGAAAUAUAAAAAAAUCAAUAAUAAUUUUGAUUCUAAUAAUGAUCAUUUAAAUGACGAAUUUAAAGAUAUUGAUAAUCUUGAUGGACAAAAUGAAGACACAGAUAAAUUGAGAGAUAUUAAUGGAAAAUAUGAAGAAAAUAAUAUUAUUAUAGAUGAUAUCAAUUCGAAAGAAAGAAGAAGUAUCAAUGAAUAUAAUAAUAAAUGUUCUUCUACAGCUGCUUAUAAUGAAAUGAAACAAUAUGUCGAUGUAAAAGAUACUACUAAUAAUAAUAAUAUGUUAUCUAAUUAUUUAAGCAUGACAGAUGAUAAUAAUACUAUUAAUAAUAAUAAUAAUAAUAAUAAUAGUAGUGUAUAUUUAAAUGAUGAUAAUAUUAAAAGUAGUGAUAAGAAAAGGAAAUUUUUAAGUAGCUAUAAUGAUCCAAAUGUUGAUGAUAUGAAUAAUAACAUUUCUCAUCAUGUAGGUGUUGAUUAUGAUAAUCACGUCGUAGAUUCAUUUAAUAAUUCUCCAUACAUGUAUUCUUCACAGAUGUAUAAUAAAUAUAUGAAAUCAAAUAAAUAUGACACUUGUAUGAAUGGAAACAUGGAAAAUAUAAAUGGUAACAACAAUAAUAAUAAUAAUAAUAGUAGUAGCAAUUCUGUGUCUAGAAGAGAUGAUCAUUUACAACAAAAUGGUAUGAAAAAUAAUAGCAAUAAUAAUAAUAAUAUGAAUAGAAAUAAUGUAUCUGAUACUGCUACCAACAUAAUAGAUAAUGAUUCAUAUGAUAAAACUAAUAAUUCUUCUAAUGGCUCUAUAUAUAAAACCAAUGUACAAAAUAUGGUGAACAAUAGUAAUAGUUCAGCUACUUUAAAUAAGUGUGAUUCAGUAAUAAACCAUGAUAUGAAUGUUUCAAAAUUAAAUUAUAGCAACAACAAUAAUAAUAAUAAUAGUAAUAACUCUUGUGGUGUUUCCGGGGGUACGAUGGAUUCACGUUAUAAUACGGCAAAUUCUUUGAUGAACUAUAAUAAAAAUCAUUAUGAAGAUGGAAAUGAUCUCAAUAAUAUGGACACAAAUAAUAACAACAUCAAUAACAGCAACAAUAAUAAUAAUAAUAGUAGUAGUAGUAACAGUAAUAGUAAUAGUAAUAAUAAGAAUAAAAGUCUUAUCAGUAGAGACAGUUUACAAGAUAAAAUUAUUUAUAAUCACAUGAAUGAUUAUAAUGGUACUUACACAUCUAACAAUCCUUAUGGUAUACAGAAUAAUGAUAAAAGUUACAUGUACCAAAAUUAUAAUACUACAUUAAAUAUUCUGAAUCCUAAUGAAAACGGUGAUAAUAACAAUAAUAUGGUAGGUGCAAACGUAAUGGAAAAUUACAAUAAUAAUAAUUUAUAUAAUAAUAAUAAUAAUAAUUAUUUAAAUAAUUAUAUAAAUCCUACAGAGAAUAUAAAAAAUAUGUCUAAAAAUAAUAAUAGUUCAUUUAAUACUUCUUUACAAAAUAUAAAUGGUCCUGAAGGUACUACAAAUAAUGCCGUUACACAACAAGCUAAUAAUUUAAAUAAUUAUUCAAAUUUAAAUAAUAAUAAUAAUAAUCUUACUGUGUUUAAUUGUGAUUUGGCUAGUAAUCAAUAUAAAAACGACCUGACUUGUUCAUACAAUAAUAAUGGAACAGCUAGUAAUAAUUAUUACUAUAUGAAUAAUGGAUAUGACAAUAGUAGUUAUCAGUACAACGUAGCAAAUGGAAAUAUGAUGUAUGAUAUGAAUAAUCGCAAUAUGGAUUCAUCAAAUAAUCAGAAUGAUUAUUAUAAUCAAAAUUAUUAG